CGUAUCCAGUUUACCGCAGCCCUCCGACCAUGCACUUUCAUUGGAUCUUCGUGUUUUUGGUGAGUUUAGUGUCGGGGAUUAUCGUCCCAUCGGAUCCGAGGAUCCCUUACAUGUUCCCUCCAGGAUAUGGAACUCUACAGCAAGACGAUCAAGACAACGGUUCUGCAUACUCCCAGGCGCCGACCAACGUCGAAAAAGCCUUCAACUACCCCUAUUUACUCGAAGAGCUCCUCAGACGCCAGCAAAGAGGAAGAACGGCCCAAAGCUACUACUUCAUGAGCCAGAAUACCGCCAACCAGCUGGCAAUCGAUUACAACAGAGUCAACGGGGCAGCAGGGAAGACGGUGCCAUUUGUUGCACCGCAUCUUCAAAAAAGACCAGCUUUCAUGACACCGAUGCCAUAUACUUAUUAGACUGUCACAAAAUUAAAUGUACAUAAAACUAAGUUUAUAAUGUAAAAUUCAAAAAAUUAAUUUAUUUUGUAUAAUAUUUAUA